GAAAUUCUUUGCUGAUCCGACUUGAGACAGAGAAUUCAAGAUGGCUGUCUCAGGCUCCAGAUGAGGGCUCCUUCCUGCUUUGCCCUGGUGUGUAACUCUUGAGUGUCAGUGCUGUCAGUCCCUCACUGCCCCUUUGGAGACACCAUGUCCAACACCUCCUCCUGUUCCUCCUCGGGGGAAAACAGCCCGGAUGACACACCCCGAGGUGGGGGCACCAUUCGUGUCUACCUCCCCAACAAGCAGCGGACGGUGGUAAAUGUUCGGUCUGGGCAAACGGUCUAUGACAGUCUAGAUAAAGCCCUGAAAGUCAGAGGCCUAAGCCAGGAUUGCUGUGCUGUCUUUCGCCUUCUUGAAGGCCGGAAGAGACUUACAGAAUGGGACACUGACAUAACACCUCUCGUAGGGGAAGAGCUUCUGGUAGAAGUGCUGGAUGAUGUUCCUCUUACCAUGCACAACUUUGUACGUAAAACAUUCUUUAAAUUAGCUUACUGUGACUUCUGCCACAAGUUCUUGUUCAACGGCUUCAGGUGUCAGACGUGUGGGUAUAAAUUUCACCAGCACUGCAGCAGUAAAGUCCCUACAGUGUGUGUGGAUAUGGACACAAUGACAAAACGGUGUGUUCCUAAUACAGAAGACUGCCCUUCGAUAUUGAUAUAUCCGGCCACCAAUUCUAUAUCACAAAGCGACAUUCCCUUAACUUCAGAUUCUCCUGGAGAGGAACUGCUGUCUACCCCAUCCUUCCGUUUGAUCAUGCGAGGAGAGGACGGUCAGUCUCUCCAGAGGCAUCGCUCCACCUCAACCCCCAACGUCCACAUGGUCAGCACGCUGGACCCUGGCGCUGCUGGCCUCAUGGAGGAGUCAUUAAAAAUCAGCACAAUGGGGCAAGAGUCCUCUCCAAAGCCUUCCACUAGCCCUCCCCACCAAGGUUCACCAGGAAAAAGACCCCCCAAAUCCCCUUCUGAGCCCAAGGAACGAAAACAGUCCUCAUCAGAUGAUAAAAAGAAAGUGCACCGGGGAGGUUACAGAGACUCCAGUUACUACUGGGAGGUGCACUCAAGAGAGGUGACCAUGUUGAAGAGGAUUGGAGCGGGUUCUUUUGGGACCGUCUUUAAAGGCAAGUGGCAUGGAGACGUGGCUAUCAAGAUUCUUAAAGUGACAGAGCCCACACCGGAGCAGCUCCAGGCCUUUAAAAAUGAGAUGCAGGUUUUACGAAAAACACGCCAUGUCAACAUUCUGCUGUUCAUGGGCUUCAUGACGAAGCCUAAUUUUGCCAUUAUCACGCAGUGGUGUGAAGGCAGCAGCCUCUACCGCCACUUGCAUGUUACUGAGACCAAGUUUGACACCAUGCGCCGUAUCGAUGUCGCUCGCCAGACUGCACAGGGCAUGGAUUAUCUUCAUGCCAAGAAUAUCAUUCAUCGGGACUUGAAAUCUAAUAACAUCUUCCUCCACGAAGGCUGGACGGUAAAGAUCGGUGACUUUGGGCUGGCCACAGUCAAGUCUCGCUGGAGUGGCUCUCAGCAGGUCGAACAGCCCAGUGGCUCCAUCCUGUGGAUGGCCCCUGAGGUGAUCAGAAUGCAAGACACUAACCCAUACACCUUCCAGUCAGAUGUAUACGGAUAUGGAGUGGUGCUCUAUGAACUGAUGUCUGGGACUUUGCCUUAUACGAAUAUCAACAACCGCGAUCAGAUUAUUUUUAUGGUGGGUCGUGGCUUCUUGUCUCCAGACCUCAGUAAAUUAUACAGUAACUGCCCUAAAUCAAUGAAGAGGCUCAUCAUCGACUGUCUGAAAUUCAAACGUGAUGAACGGCCCCUCUUCCCACAGAUCUUGGUGGGCAUCGAGCAGGUCCAGGAUCUGUUGCCAAAAAUUGAGCGGAGUGCCUCUGAGCCCUCUUUACACCGUGCUGUACACGCCGAGGACCUGAACCCGCUUCUCCUUCACACCACACGCCUCAUGCCUCUGUGAGACUGCCGGAGACGAUCCGCUUCUCUCCCAGAUGCUGUGCAGGAUCAUUCCCAGCAUUGAGUUCCUCUCAUUAUUCCACAGAGAGCACCCUAAUUACUUCAUCGGUCACACAUAUAGUCAAACACAUAACAUUAUCUACUUGUUCAUGCUCCCUCCCUCCUCUUUUCCAUUCCAGCUGCUCCUCCCUAAAGUUGCCUGUAGAGAAUGUCAGAUUCUUUCUGGACCAGCUGCUUUCUAAAACAGAAGCAGGAAAUAAACCGUGCUCUCUUACUACACUUAAUGGAUUUCCAAAUCCAAGCAUCAUAUCAGUAAUGUAUCGGCACAAUCUUAAUGACCUCCUUUUCUGAGGUAUAUUUCAAAAUGUGUUUUGGUUUGUUUACACGUUACCUCUUUUACUUUAAGAUGAAAGUAGCGUUUUACUUUAGAACAAGCCAUUUAGCAUGGAGAUUUUCUUUUUUUUUUUCUUUACCUGUUCUCCUUGGUUGAAAAUCAUUGGCCAAUGAUAGCACAAUGUUGAUGAGUCCAUUCUUCUACAUCAGUCACAGAGACUUUCUGCUCACAGAUUGGUUCGCACUCAGUUUAUGAUCAUAAACAUGAUCAUACGCCCAUUGCUGUUUUGGCAUCUUUUUUUAAUUCCGUUAUAUUUUUUUUAAGUGUAAAAUAUUGGUGUCAGAUUUGGUUGGAUCUUUGUGCCCUUAAUAAUUAUGCUGUGCAUUUGCGAUAUUUAAAAAAAAAAAAAAAUGAUUUGGGCUCUACCUUUUGUGCUUUCUCUUUUUCCGUUGGUGAGCUUUAAAUUGUUUAGCUUAAUGAAGUCUCAAGAAAAUGGCACAAAGCAGUGGGGCACUUCCUGAAGUGAUUGGG